AUGUGCCUCUGUGCUCCAUUCAACCGUGUUCCACUAACAUGCAGGGCGUCGACUCUCUACCUCUUCCCUCUAUUUUAUUGCUGUUUUCUUGUUGGCUCUCUCGCUUUGUUACCAUCGCCCUUUGUCAAUCGUCCUCUUUUCUCCAGCUGCUGCUUAGCCUUCGCCCUCCUCAACCUGCUCACUUCCGUAGUCGGCCAGAUUGGCGUUUUUAAGCGUAUGGAUGCCGCGCUUCGCGGCACACUGGUGCUCUUGGUAAUGGAAAAUCUCAUGGUUUUCUUUAUUGGAGUUUUUCUACUCGUGCACCUAUUCUCAAUUCGUCCGUCCGCCCUCUUUCCUGCGGACACAGGACCUGCGGGCACAGGGGUACAGCGGGAGGACGCAUUCGAUGGUGAGGAUAUGCUUCAUCCAGCUGCGAAACUCACGGGAGAGUCUCUCCUUAAGCUGUCCGUCGAGGCAAGGUGGUGGAUUGCCACGAUCGCGAGCGUGGCGCUCGUUGUCUGCAGUACCAUUACUUCUCUCUGUCUCCGCGCGGUGGCGGAGUUUCAAGCAGAGCUCGACGCUGAAGCCUUCGUCGAAGAUGCACGGCACCUAAGAGACACCGAACGCAUGUUGCUGCUGCAGGCAUCAAAGGGCUACAGGCCAGAGCACGGGGCCUUCCUCUUUCCUGGCAGCGAGACCUCGCGGUGGCGAAGAGACAGCGUCUCACGGGAAGGCAGUCCUAGACGAGUGUCUGAUGAAGAGGGAAGCGUUACCCACAGGCUGAUACAGGAUGCCAAGUCACUGCCGCACCAACAGCGACGGACAAGCCGUCGGAAUGUGGCAGCGGUCCCAAGUAAGCACUGCACAGGCGAGAAUGGAGGCGACCCUUCGACCGCAUCUGAGUUGCACGAAGAUGCCCAUCAGAUCGAGACCAUAGGUGAAGAGGAAGGUCGCGUCUGA